UUCGUCCCGUGCGGGCCAUAGCGACGGUGGGCGCGCUGAGGGAAAAUGGCGGCUCCGGCCUCUGCGGUGCUGCUGGCUCCGUGAGAGCGGCGCUCGCUCCUCUCCCCUUUUCCCUCCUCCCUCCUCCCUCCUGCACCCCGUCCCUCCCGGCUGCCCUCCGCCUCUUCUCCUUCCCCGCCGCGGGCCUAGGGACCAUGUCGGACUCGGAGGAGGAGGAGAGUCCGGACCGCCAGCUCAAGCUAGUGGUGCUGGGGGACGGCACCACUGGCAAGACAUCCUUAGCCACACGUUUUGCCCAAGAAACGUUUGGAAAGCAGUACAAACAAACCAUAGGACUGGACUUCUUCUUGAAAAGGAUAGUAUUGCCAGGAAAUUUGAAUGUUACACUUCAAGUGUGGGAUGUAGGGGGGCAAACGAUAGGAGGCAAAAUGCUGGAUAAAUAUAUUUAUGGAGCUCAGGGUAUUCUCUUGGUUUAUGAUAUUACCAACGGCCAGAGCUUUGAAAAUUUAGAAGACUGGUAUAAUGUGGUAAAAAAAGUGAACGAAGAAUCAGAAACACAGCCGCUUGUGGCCUUGGUUGGAAAUAAAAUUGACUUGGAGCAUAUGCGCACAGUGAAAGUUGACAAGCACCAACGAUUUUGUCAGGAAAACAAUUUCAGUAGCCAUUUUGUGUCAGCCAAGACAGGAGAUUCUGUCUUCCUGUGUUUUCAGAGAAUUGCUGCUGACAUACUUGGCAUCAAAUUAAACAAAGCAGAAUUGGAACAAUCACAGCAAGUUGUCAGGGCAGGACUAGUGAAAUAUCCUGAAGAAGAUAACCAACAUCACAACACUUCCAACUGCCAGAGCAAAGUCUGCUCAAUGCAGUAGUUCAGAGGGUGGUGAAGGCAGACAUUGUCAACUACAGUCAGGAGCCUGUGACAAGAACCGUGAAUCCUCCCAGAAGCUCAAUGUGUGCAGUUCAGUGACUUCUCUGGUUCGAUACCUUUGGUGGUCCUCCUGCCUCGACACAGGAUCUGGGAUUACCAGGAACUUUGUUUUAACAGUGACCAUCACAACAAUGCAAUUAGAGGUUUCAGAAACGUGUUGCACCGUUGUACGUUGAGAAGCAGCUGGCAGUUUUUUGGCUGCCCGACAUUCAAACGUGAGACUACACAUCUUGAAAAAAUAAGAUCUAUAUUCUUUUAAAUUAUAUUUAAAUAAAGCAGUAUAACUGUGUUUAUAUGUUUCCUCCUAUAUAUUUGACUGGUACUGGAAUAAAAAUGGAUGAAGAAGUCCCGCAUUCAAAAUACUUUUGAAGACAUCACCAUGAAACGGUUUUUGCCAAAGCGUUUUUCAGAUUUUUUUUUCUCUGUUUUUCUCCUGUGAUCUGAACUAACAGUCAGCAAAAUGUAACUUGGAAAAGCUAUUGCUGGAAUAGUUUUAAGCACAUAAUAUAUUUUAUCUAGGGAUAAUUUGGAAAACAUUCCAUUAAUAUAUAUACAUAGAGCAAAAAGUAUAAAUUGUAUCCAAUAAGAAACAGUACUUGAAAUAAAGCUGUAAUAUAAAAAUAGUUACUUUUCUGAAGUCUCAAGUUGUCUCCGUGGAUGCUCUGAAAAAUGCUAGUGUUUUUGUGUAUUUUUAUUACCACAUCAGCAUUUCUUUUUGCAGUGGUAGAUACGCUCAUAUGUCUUCAUGAAUAUGGAUGAACCUCAGUCAACAGUUUGGGCUGUAAAUGUUGAGUGAUAUAUUCAGCAUGCAUUAGAAACUGUUGAUAGAUCAAUUAGGAUCAGUCAUUUUUAAUAACUAACUGAAUGACUUUUGGCCUGGUGCUCUUUUCCUUCUAGUAAAUGACAAAUAAAGAGCUCUCUGCUCUGUGAUCGUCA